GAGCACCGGCCCUCGGGGCCUGCCCGCUGCCCCUGCCCGGGAUGGGGGUGGGGUCCUCCCCACAGGGAGGGGGCUCCGGGGGCUCCCUCCAGCCCUCACACCUGCCCCUGGGGCGGGGCCUGCCAGCGGGGGGGGCUCGCUUCUCUGUGCAGGAGGGCCUGAGUCCCCAUGGACCCUCUCCCGUAACCAUGGUGACGCGGCUCCAGGUGGGCUCCCUGACGUCGUCGCUGCCCGGACUGGCCCAGGAGGAGACGCUGCAGCGGACCUACUUCCGCCCGGCCGGUGACCGGCCGCGGGCGCCCGCGACGCCCCUCCUGGAGAGGAGAAGCCCCCUGCUCCCCGUGCGCCUCCUGCCUCUGCCCCGGUUCACUCCCAGGCCCUUCUCCAAGGCGGCCCCCGGCAUGAAGUCGCCCGUGACGCCCUGGGGCCCCGCCCGGCCCGCGCCCGCCUGCGGGCAGCCCCAGGAUGGGGCGGAGGAGGACGGCGGGGACGGCCGCCGGAGGAGCAGCGCCUCUGCCUUCAGCAAGGCCGACCUCCUGCAGCGCAGCCCCGCCGCCCCCGCCCCCGCUGCCAUCGUCCCCCCGGAGACGGGCAGGUCGGGCCCCGCGGGGGGCCAGGGCGCCCCCGAGGUCAGCGCGGGCUUCACUCCGGAGCCCCACGUGGGCUCUCGGCCCGAGGUGGCCGCCAAGCCCGCUGUGGCUGCUCGGAAGCCCGUGGGGACCCUGUCCCGGCCAGCCCCCCUGCCGCAGGACCCGGGGCCAGCCGCUGCCCCCGAGACCAGCCCCAAGGAGCCGCCGCCGGCCCAGGCCAGCCACGGGGACGGUCCAGGCGACCCAGCCCCGGACAGCCGGCCGCGCCCGAAGAGAAGGCCCGUGUCCGCCAUCUACAUGGACUCCAUCCAGCUGCAGAAGCCGACGCCGGGGGAGGUGGCCCCUGCCGGGAAAACGCCCCCGACACCCCUCGAGAAGUCCUGGGUGCGACGGCCCCGGCCGCUGUCCAUGGACCUCACGGCCCGCUUUGAGAACAUCGAGGUCCUGCUGAGGAAGGGGGCCGAGGAGCCCCCCGCGCGGGGGGCGGCCCCGCGCCGGGGCCCGGAGAGGGCCGAGCCCGAGCCCAGAGUGGACGGAGAGCGCCCGGUCCAAGCAGAGGGCCCCCGGGACCCAGACUUCCUGCAGGGGGCCCCCAGGACCCCGGAGCAGAAGGAGAAGAAGGUGCUUCCAAGGCCGGCGGAGACGGGCGUCCUGCGCACGGCCGCAGCCAACACCCCGGCACGGGACCAGACGCCGGGCGACCCGCGGGACGGGGAGCGGGGCCAGGCACCCCAGGCUCCCGCUCUCAGGCCGGGGAGAGGCCCCGCCGCCGCCGCCGAGGUCAAGAGCAGAGCGGCCGACUGGGAGGCCAGGGCCCCCGGAGAGGCGGGCGCCCGGGGCAGCCUCUGGAAGCGCGUCAGCCUGGCGGAGGGGGAGAGCCCCCUGGCCCCCGCCGCGGCCACCGAGCUCCCACCCGCCUCCCCCGGGUCCCCGUCGUCCUCGGAGGCACCCGGGCCGGGGAGAGUGGGGCUGAGCGUCCAGGAUCGCGUCAAGGGCUGGGCCGCAGAGGGCCUGGAGCCCAAGGUGGAGAGGAGGAAGAAGCCGUUCCAGGCCCGGCCGCUGUCCGUGGACCUGACCAGACUGUUUUCCAGCGGGGCGGCCAGCCCUGACGUCGGGUAUGAGAAGCGUGCUGAACCGAGGGACGAGCUUCCCCAGGAACCCGGAGGAAAGAAGGAAGUCGGGCGUGUUCCGGAUGCAGUGACCUCCCCGAGAAGCCCGUGGAAGCCGGGAGCCUCUGGGGAGAGGUUCUGGCUGCCGGAGUGGCCCGGCCAAGUCCCCGACAGGGGCCGGGGGGGCGGCGGCGGCUCCUCCGCGGGGGCUCCGGGCCCGGCCGCUGCCACUCCAGAAGCGGAUGGAAGCUUCCAGACCGUGCGCGCCAUGCUCUUCGAGCACCGCGUGGAGAGACACACGGUGGCCACAGCCUCGGUGGCCGAGGGCCCCCUCUCCGCGCCCAGGCCCGCGCCCAGGCCCGAGAGAGCCUUGUGGCUGGGGCACGACCCCCCGGAGGACAGACCCUCCCGGUCAGAGGCCUUCAGGUGGCUGCUAGGCCCGGACGCGGAGCGGUCAGCACGGAGCACUCCCCCCGCCCGGGAGCCCCGAGCCCAGCACUCCUGUCCCCCCGAGACACCCCCUCUGCGCGCCGAUGGCCAGAACUGCGGCCCCGCCCCCCACCUGCGCCCGGAGGAGCGCCCACACAGCCAGGCCGUGCCCGGGGUCCCCGAGGACGCGGCCGUGACCCUACGGGCCAGCGGUUCUCGGCACUGGCCGAAGGGCGGCCAGCGGCUCCUGGACACUCCCCCCGGCCACCCUGAGCGUCAGCCAGAGGGCCAGGGGUCAAGGCACAGGGCCAGUUUGAUCUGGGAAGUUCGAGGGGCUCCCGAUGUCGCCCCACUAAAGGCUGACUCCCAAGAACCGAGAGGCACCUGCCCGUCCCCGAGGUGGACUCGGGCGACAUGGCAUCAGGCCGGUGUGUCGGCCGGAGCCGAGGGCGGCCAGGAGAGGGGCGCCGACGCCCCCAGGCCCUGCGGGGAGCCAGGCAGCCCCCGGGUGAGGACGAGUGUCACCUCAGAGGACCUGUUCGAGGGGCGCCGGGGGCCCGGGCUGCUCCGGCUCGGGGAGAGGGGUCCCUCCUGGGGGCGCCCCUCCGAGGCUCCUCCCGGGGGCAGGGACGCCGCGGGGCUUGCCCAGAGAGCGGACGCCGUCAGCGGUGCUGGCCCCGGGGCUGCCCAGGGAAGCGAAGCCCAGCGGGUCCUGGCCCCCGAGCCCCAGGUCAGGAUGCGCAAGGCCGGCCCCUCGGACCAGAGGGUGGACCGCUGGAGACGGCGCACUCUGCCCUACGACGCCAGGUUCGAGGAAUUCAGCUUCCUGGCCCCGGAGCCCCGCCGGAAGGUGGAGCAGGGGCUCUCGGAGCCGCCGGGCCCCUCCGCGGCUGCUGUCAGGGACCUGCCAGCGGCCCACAGGACGGAGGCCGGGAGCCCAGGCAGCCCACGGGACCGGGCACUGGCCCCCGGGAAGCCCUUGUCGCCGGCCGAACCCAGGGCCACCUUCUUUGCCGUCACUUACCAGAUUCCCAGUGCCCAGCUAGCCAAGAGCACGAAGCCAGAGGCCCCCGGGGGCCCCAUGGAACCUUCUAGAAAAACCGCCCCGCCUCCAAAGUCACCUCAUCUGACCUCCACCGCGGUGUCUGUGGACAGGGACGAGGCCCCGGAGCCCGAGGGCAGUAGAAACUGGACCCGGGGCCGAGAGCGCCACGGGGUGAGCCCGUCCGGAGUCCAGAUGCCCCCCAGCGUCCACCCGCGUCCGGGUCCUCGCAGGGAGGCAGACGAGGCCGGUGCCCUCCGGGGCCGGGAGGAGCGCCCCAGUGUUCAGAGGGAUCGGAAGGACAGUGGGGGCAGGACUGCCCCGGGGGCCGCCCCCCAGGCAAGCCCCAGUUUCAGAAGUCCCAAAGCCAGCGACCUCGCCCCGUGGGGGCCCGAGGCGGUCAGCGAGACACUCCCGGGCAGAGCCAAAGGCGGGUACCGGUCCAGCGUGCUGGACAUCGACGCCCUAAUGGAGGAGUACCGGAAGCAGUCGGCCAGGGGGGGCCCCGGGGACGCUCCCCCGAGCCCGUCCGCCCACGCCAGCCGCUCCUUCCCCAACCAGCCCGGCCAGCAAGGCGGCCGGGAAGGGACCAGGAGGAGCCCGAAGGACAGCCGGGAAGCCCAGGGCCCCUGGACACAAGCCAGCUCUGUCGACACCAACCACCGCUCCACGCCCGCCCGGGCCAGCUACCCGGGGGCGGCCCCGAGCCCCCCCAGCAACGCCCUCCUUUGGAUGGUGCCGCCCUCUGCCAGCCCAGAGGGUCCCAGGAACGGCGUCUCGGGACCCGCCGAGGACGAGCAAAGGGCCUUUGCCAGCCGGCACCACCGCACACAGUCCCACGGCUCCCCCACGGAGCCGGGCCCCGCCACCCGGGGGGACCCCGACAGGAAGCCCACCCGCAGCGGUGAGGGAUGCGGCCUGGCCCUGUGGGGUGGACGCUCGCCGCCGGACGUCAAGAGGACUCACUCCGAGAGGGGUGCCCCGGCCCCAGUCCGAGAGGGCCUGUCCGUGCUGCAGGACGCCCAGGAGAGGCGGUGGGAGCAGCCCCCGGCGAGAUCCGCGCUGCCCCCCGAGACGUCGGACGCUAGGGAGCCCCGGCGGGGGCUCGGCCUGCAGGACUCGGGACCGCAGGACGGCCAGAAGGCGCGGCCCCGGCAGGCGUCCCCCGUGACCACGAGCCCCCGGAGGAGCCACAGUUUCUGCCGGGACAAGAGGAGCGGGCCUUUGGUGGACCAGCUGAAGCAGUGCUUCUCCCGCCGGGCGCCCGAGGCCAAGGACACCGACACCCUCGUGCAGGAGGCCGACAGCCAGUAUGGGACGUGGACGGGCCAGCGGCAGAGCGGGGACAGCCCAGGGCCCGAGUCCCCCUCCCCCGACGGCAGCGCCGCGUCGGCGCGCAGACAGACCCCCAGCAGCCGCCUGUCCUCGCCUUCGUCCCCCUCGGAGCCCCCCUCGGCUGGGGACAGCGCCCGGGAGCAGCGCAGCGCCAGCGUGGACCGCUCGAGCGCCGAGCUGGACUCCCCUGACGGCACGGAGGCGCCGCCCACGCCGGACGCCCACGCAGCCAAGGCCGCCACCGCCGACGACGACUUCGCCUUCAUGGAUCAAACCUCCGUCCUCGACUCGAGCGCCCUCAAGACCCGGGUCCAGCUGAGCAAGAGGAGCCGCCGGCGCGCGCCCACCUCGCACGGUGCCCGCCGCGGCCGCCCGGGCCACGCCCCCACCCUGGAGCCCUGCGAGGAGGCGGCCGACAGCGUCUGGAUGUUCAAAGACUCCACGGAAGAGAAGCCGCCCCCACGAGAAGAGUCGGACGAGGAGGAGAAGUCGCCCCGGGCCGAGAGGACCCCUGGGGGCCACGCGCAGAGGACGCCGGCCUUCCCCGGGGUGGACCCCGCCGUGCUGAAGGCUCAGCUGCACAAGAGGCCAGAGGCGGACAGCCCCGGUGACCCCUCCAGCUGGAACCCCCAGCCCAAGACCCCCAAGUCUCCUUUCCAGCCGGGGGUCCUGGGAAGUCGUGUGCUGCCUCCCAGCCUGGAGAAGGACGAGAGGUCCGACGUGGCCUCUCCGCUGUGGCUGACGGAGCUGAAGUCCAAGAAGAGGCAAAGUCUGUACGAGAAUCAAGUCUGAGCAGGAGCACUGCCACGUCCAGUCAACAGAAGCCUUAACUGUCAGAACGGAAGACGCAGCCGCACCUCGGCACGUUCCCCGGGACCCUCCCUGGCGGUGGGGAAUGCCGGCCUCUGGGGGUCAGGCCAGGGGACCACCCCAAGCACCUCCAAGUCGUCCCAACAGCACUUCCGGCGGGAAAGAAGACAGCCCCCCUGCCCCCGUCCCCUCCGGAACCGCCCAGGGCUGUGGAUCGUCCCGGGCACGUCUGUGUGAGACUGGACCGUCGUCCCCCCUGUUCUGGAAAACCCCGGGAUCCUGAAAGCAUCUCCCCCUCUCCGCCUCCCCCCGCCUCGCCCUCACUCCGCUCAGGGGCUGGGUUUUGUUUUUGUUUUUCUCGAAGGACUUUUCUAGGGACAAAGGAACCGCGUGUUUCCCGCUGUCCUCGCCGCCUGGAGCUCCCACGGGGGCUUUCCUCGGCCCUGGUGGGCGAGUUUCUCCUCCCUCUGGGAGAACCCGCAGCUCUGAGUCCUGAGCACGCCCGCGGGUGCCCGCACGGUGCCAGCCCCCUCCUGCGGGGCCCUGUGCGUCCCCGCCGGCCUCUCACCUCCCUCCUUCCUGUCGGCUUUAGAAGGCGAUAAAGCAAUAACUCGGCCAGUCUUCCUUGA